GUGGAUGCGAGUGUGCGGGACGGUGACCUUGGCUAUUUGGAGGACCUGGUGCUGUCUGGGCGCGGCGAGGACCUGAAGGGGAGGGCGGCCUGGAAUGAAGAUACGCGCAGGUUCCUGAAGAGGGUGCCUGCCUAUAUGGAAAAGAUAGAAGCAGUGCACGAGGCGGCAGGGCGCGGCGACACUCACUCCCUCAAACGCCUGACGAAGGACAACCCGCGCCUGGCUAUAUCACGAGGGAUGGACGGCGCUCUCCCCUGCACAUGGCCGCCACCGCCUCCAGCACCCCUGCCUGCAAACACCUGCUCAACCUCUACCCUGCCGCCCUGCACGUGAAAGACCAGAACGGGAAGACGCCUCUGCACUACGCCGGCUUGUCCACACAGCCAGGGGCGAGAGGCACAUACGAGCUGCUGGUGCGGGAGGGAGCCAGCGGAGGAAUACAGGACAUGAGCGGCAGCACCCCAGAAGACUAUCGUGAGGCCGUUCGUGAGGCCGCUAGGAGGGCACCAUCGAGAGGGCGGAUAUCACGGGGCGGCGCUACAUCGAGAGGGGGCGCUGCGUCACGUGGGGUCGGAGCGACAUCCACAGGGCCCUCUAGAUCCAAUUCACAGGAGUCAGAGCGUGUCCCUUCAGAAGAUGAGGAGCAGGAGGAAGGGGAGAAGGAUGAGGAGGUGGAGAGGGCGAUAGCUGCUGCAGAAGGGGACGACUACAGCCUCCUGACGGGAAUGGUCGUGGCAGGGAAAGGGGAGAGGUUGCUAGGGCGCACCUCCAAGGACGCUGGGGUGAAUGAGUUCCUGAAGCAGAUACCGGGACAGCUGGAGGGACUGAAGGAGCUACACGCGGCGGCAGAGCAAGGCAACACCAGGAAGGUUAUGGGGCUGCUGGACAGUCGUAAGAAGGCUGGCUUUACUGACCACAACCACGCCACUAUCCUACACAAGGCUGUCCUGCACGACCACACAGCUCUCAUAGACUUGGCGGAGGAACUAGCCACGGAAUACCCGGAGCUACUGCAGGAGAAAGACCUGAAGGGACGCACACCGCUACACUACGCCGCCGUGGCAGGGAGGGAGCAGGGCCUCUACUUUGCCCUCAGAGAAGCCGGGGCUGACACAACCAUUCCUGACGCUGCUGGCUACACACCUGAGGACUACCUGAGUGACCCAAGUAUACUGACGGAGGAUGACCUGAAGGAGCAGCUGGCUAGAGGUCUUGCUGCUGACGAAGGCGAUGGCGGAGGAAAUGAAUAUGAUGGUGAUGCAACGGAGAUGGAGGAUAAAGUAGGAGAAGGAGGAGGAGAGAAAGGAGGAGGAGGAGGAGGAGGAGGAGAGAGCCAGGGGCGGCCCUACACAAUGGGAAGUGGGGCCUUCAGCUACUACGGGGGGGAGGAGGAGGGCAUGGAGCGGCUGGCGGGGCCGGAGCUCGCUGCCCUGGAACAGGCGUACGCGACCCUGCAAGCCUCCGAGAGCAGCUCCCUCCUGAAGAAACACCUCACGCCCGACGUGUUCGAGCAACUCAAGCACCGCAUCACGGCCCACGGCGCCUCCCUCCUCGACGUGAUCAAGUCCGGCGUGGCCAACCCAGACUCCGGCGUGGGUCUGUACGCGCCAGACGCCGAGUCCUACGUACUCUUCAGGGACUUGUUCGAGCCGGUCAUCGAGGAGUACCACGGCCUGGCCAGGGGCGUGGGCCAUCCGGGCAUCAACCUGGGCUCAUCCCAUGUCCUGGGGGACCUCAACGAGUGGGGCCCCUACGUAGUGUCCACCAGGGUGCGGUGCGCCCGCUCCCUGGAGGCCUAUCCCUUCAACCCCAUGAUGACACUGGAGGAGUACGUGGAGUUAGAGCAGGACGCUGAGCGGGCCCUCGAGGCGCUGGAGGGGGACCUGGCUGGUACCUACACUACGCUGGGCCGCCUCUCGCCACAGCAGCAGCAGGAGCUCCUGGAGGAGCACCUGCUGUUCAAGCAGGGUGACCGCUUCCUGGAGGCAGCAGGGGCCUGCCGCUUCUGGCCUGAGGGGCGUGGUAUCUUCCUCAACCCUGACCACACCCUGGUGGUCUGGGUCAACGAGGAGGACCACCUGCGCAUAAUCUCCAUGGAAAGUGGCGGCGACCUGGCCCGCAUAUAUGACCGCUGGAUGCGCGCCCUCACCACUCUCUCUUCACGUCUGCACUUCGCCAACUCGCCACGUCUCGGUUUCCUUAACUUCUGUCCCACCAACCUGGGCACCGCCAUCCGUGCCUCCGUCCACGUGCGCCUGCCCCUGCUGGGCCGCGACCGUGAGCUGCUGGAGCUCACUGCUAACCAGUACAACCUGCAGGUUCGCGGCACCUCGGGUGAGCACUCGGAAGCCAAAGAUUUCGUCUUUGACAUAUCCAACCGCCGCCGACUCGGCCUGACGGAGAUCGAGGCCUUACAGGAAAUGUAUGACGGCGUGCGGGAGAUUGUCCUGCUGGAGAGGAGCCUGGAGCAGGGGCAGCAGUAGCAGUAGUGGUGAGGAAUACACUCAUCAACAAAACCUUCCUCUCUCCCAUCACCACUCCAGGACCCACAAUUCGUGCUGCUUCUGGCCAGCACCCACUGGCGCCAAUCCACGUGACGUGUGUCGCCGCGGACCUCAGUGGCGUCCCCUGUACAACAAUACACGCGAUACACUCACAUACUACACAAGUACACGGUCGUCCCUACGUCUGACAAUCCUUGACUGAUUUCCGAUACAGUGUUCCGCCUCCUUCAUCCUUACCUUUCCCCGACUCCACAGUUCAAAAGGCACCCACAGUCCCUAACACUGCUGGACACCCUCGCAGGGAUAAUCAAGCUUUGAGGAGAAAAGUGGGAGUCUGCACCUCCCCUGUCGCCGCUCUCUUGGUUAAUCAAUAUCAACACAUAACGAAGAUGACAUUCGAAGAGAAGGAACAAAUGUCAAGAUGAAAACUCGUUAGAAAAUACUGAUGAACUAGACUGAAGGAAACACACAAGCAAUGCUGGACAGGACUUAUAUGUCAUAAGUCAUUAUAUAAAAGUACAAGUUUUCUUAACAGUGCACCUCUCUCUCUCUCUCUCUCUCUCUCUCUCUCUCUCUCUCUCUCUCUCUCUCUCUCUCUGAGUCGUAGUUACGUAAUGAAAUAGCUAUACUACUACUACUACUAUUAUUAUUAUCAUUAUUAUUAUUAGCAUUAUUAUUAUUAUUAUUAUUAUUAUUGUUGUUGAUACUAUUAUUACUAUUAUCAUAAUUAUUAUUACUAUAUAAUCAUCAUUAUCAUUAUUACUAACAUUAAGUGCAAAUAGGUGAGCGUCUGGCCACUGUAGUGUAAUAUGUAUGUCUUAUAGUGUGUGUGUGUGUGUGUGUGUGUGUGUGUGUGUGUGUGUGUGUGUGUGUGUGUGUGUGUGUGUGUGUGUGUGUGUGUGUGUUUGUGUGUGUGUGUGUGUGAACAUAAC